CUUACUUCGUAAUGAUUAUUAAGAACUCAACGAGACCCCGAACAUCACCUCGGCAUAUCGCGUGCGUCCUUUCUCUAGAGAACCCCAAAUGUUAGAAGGCAUCAGAGCGCACCUCCUCCGCUCCCCGGAGCACCCCCUUCCUAAUACCUUGGGGAUAGGUCGGAAGGAAAGGAAAGGAGACGCCAGAGGUAUCAUCGAUGUGCCUGCGAAGCCCAGGCUCCUCCGGAGAUCCUUCCGUCCGUCCCUACAGUAGAAGGCUGGCCCAGGCUGUUCCACUCCCCGGAGCUGCAGACUGAGUCGCCAGGUUUCUGUGCCUUCAAAGCCCUGCGCGACGGCCACACCAAACACCCAAACCUUGGGCAGGGACCAAACGGUCACUUCCCCGCCCUCCGGGCUCAAUAUGCAAAUCCGAGCACCAGGAAGUAGCUGGGACCUCUCGACCGAGCCCAGAGACAGCCAGUUCCUCUCCCGCCGCGCCGGGCCGCGCUGCCGCUCGCUCCCCGGCCGUGGCGCCUCCGGGCCCGACGCGCUGCAGCCUCCAGCCCGCGGCAAGCGGGGCGGCCGCUCCAACCCCGGCCCCGCGCCAGCAGCCCCUCGCCGCGCGUCCCGCAUUCCCGGCCAGCAGCCUCCCUCUACGCAGGUCCUGCUGGGCCGCCCCGUCGCGCCCCCUGCUCUGAACUCAAGUCACCGUGGAGCUCCGCCGCCCCGAAACUUUCACCGCGAGCGGGUUCCAGAAUCUCAGCUUUUACCUGGACAGAGGUUUCAAGCUAAAGAUCCAGAGGAACAAGGAGACAUUGUGGUAGCCUUGUACCCGUAUGAUGGCAUCCACCCGGACGACUUGUCUUUCAAGAAAGGAGAGAAGAUGAAAGUCCUGGAGGAGCAUGGAGAAUGGUGGAAAGCAAAGUCCCUUUUAACAAAAAAAGAAGGCUUCAUCCCCAGCAACUAUGUGGCCAAAUUCAACACCUUAGAAACAGAAGAGUGGUUUUUCAAGGAUAUAACCAGGAAGGAUGCAGAAAGGCAGCUUUUGGCACCAGGAAAUAGUGCUGGAGCUUUCCUUAUUAGAGAAAGUGAAACGUUAAAAGGAAGCUUCUCUCUGUCUGUCAGAGACUUUGACCCUGUGCAUGGGGAUGUUAUUAAGCACUACAAAAUUAGAAGUCUGGAUAAUGGGGGCUAUUACAUCUCUCCACGAAUCACUUUUCCCUGUAUCAGCGACAUGAUUAAACAUUACCAAAAGCAGCCAGAUGGCUUGUGCAGAAGAUUGGAGAAGGCUUGUAUUAGUCCCAAGCCACAGAAGCCAUGGGAUAAAGAUGCCUGGGAGAUCCCCCGGGAGUCCAUCAAGUUGGUGAAAAGGCUCGGCGCUGGGCAGUUUGGGGAAGUCUGGAUGGGUUACUAUAACAACAGUACCAAGGUGGCUGUGAAAACCCUGAAGCCGGGCACUAUGUCUGUGCAAGCCUUCCUGGAAGAAGCCAACCUCAUGAAGACCCUGCAGCAUGAUAAGCUCGUGAGGCUGUACGCUGUGGUCACCAGGGAGGAGCCCAUUUACAUCAUCACCGAGUACAUGGCCAAGGGCAGUUUGCUGGAUUUCCUGAAGAGCGAUGAAGGUGGCAAAGUGCUGCUUCCAAAGCUCAUUGACUUUUCUGCUCAGAUUGCAGAGGGAAUGGCGUACAUCGAGCGGAAGAACUACAUUCACCGGGACCUGCGAGCAGCUAAUGUCCUCGUCUCCGAGUCACUCAUGUGCAAAAUUGCAGAUUUUGGCCUUGCUAGAGUAAUUGAAGAUAAUGAGUACACAGCAAGGGAAGGUGCUAAGUUCCCUAUUAAGUGGACGGCUCCAGAAGCAAUCAACUUUGGAUGUUUCACUAUUAAGUCUGAUGUGUGGUCCUUUGGAAUCCUCCUAUAUGAAAUCGUCACCUAUGGGAAAAUUCCCUACCCAGGGAGAACUAAUGCCGACGUGAUGACUGCCCUGUCCCAGGGCUACAGGAUGCCCCGUGUGGAGAACUGCCCAGAUGAGCUCUAUGACAUUAUGAAAAUGUGCUGGAAAGAAAAGGCAGAGGAGAGACCAACAUUUGAUUACUUACAGAGCGUCCUGGAUGAUUUCUACACAGCCACGGAAGGGCAGUACCAGCAGCAGCCUUAGAGCACAGGGAAACCCGUCCGUCUGGCAGGGGUGGCUGCCUCAUUUAGAGAGGAAAAGUAACCAUCACUGGUUGCACGUGUUAUUUCAUGUGCUGGGAUCCUUCUUCUGCCUUCUGCCGUGCCUGGAUCCUGAAAUAGAGGCUAAAUUACAAAUAGAGGCUAAAUUACUCAGGAAGAACACCCUCUACAUGGGAAAGUAUUCUGUACUCUUAGAUGGAUGCUUCACCCAGUUGCAACUUGGACUUGUCCUCCGCAGCUGGUAAUCUUACUCUCCUUGACAACGUCUGAGUGCAGCCUUUUGAGAAGAAAACACCUAUUCCCUCCAAAAAAUACACCCAGCUAGCUCUGUGUUUACAAAUGGACAUAGGACUCAAAGUUUCAGAGACCAUUGCAAUGAAUCCCCAAUAAUAUCAGAACUAAACUCAUUUAUAAAGCUAAAAUAACCAGAUACAUAGCAUGACAUUUCUUUGUAUUUUUCUCUAUGCUUUGGCUUACUUGUUUAAAAAAAAAAAAAAUUACUAAUCCAACCUGUUAGAUUUUGCAGGUGAAGUCAGCAGCUUAAAAAUGUCUUUUCCAGAUUUCAAUGUUGUUUUUUUUUUCCUACCUCCCAAAAUCUGAGACUGUUAAACAUUUUUCUUCCAUGAACACUGCUCAGACCUGCUAGACAUGCCACAGGAGUGGCGUGCACAUCUCUGUCUCUUCCAGCAGGAAGAGCCCGUGAGCACACACAGCUACUGUGCUGUCCAGUGUGCACCCAAGGGCACCGGGCUCACCUGGACCUCCCAGGAAAGGGAGAAGAACCUCAGAAACUGCUCUGUGUUUAGAAGGAAUAUUUUUAAGGGUCCAGCUUUUUCAUUUCCACAAUUUCCUAUAUCCAGAUUUGUUUUGACAGUGUAGUUUGGAAGAACUAAGAUUCUAAUCUCUGAAGAACCUUAUAGGGCCUUCUAAAACAUAAGAGUUUCCUUUGUUGCUUCAAAGAUUUGAACAUUAUGUUAAAGAUCAAGUAUUAAUUUUAGUUGUACUCUAGAAAGUUAAAGUGCCACAUUUGGGGCUAUUUUUAUGAUUCAGCAAUCUUUUCUAAAUUGUGUAGCAUGUGUAUGAGACUAUUUAUACCCAAGGAUAUGAAGGAACGUAAGUGACUAGGAGGCUCUAGUGAGCCAUGGUGGCAGGAGGUUCAAGCGGUUUUGUUUACUAAGUUUUUCUCCUGUAAGCUUUGAAUGGAAACUUCUGUAUCACAUUAUGUGUUUCACUUAUGCUGUCGUGUACAUACCUAAUAUUUCUAUUUUUGAUUUUAUUUUAAUACACCUCGUCCAAUAACAUCUCAAGCUUUUUAUUUGUGUUUACAUUUUCAGCUGCGGUCAGUGUAAAAACUGGUCAUCAGCUGGGGGUGGGGUGGGGUGGUUAGAAGUGAUUCAGUAGAGCUACAUGCUUUAAACUUGCCCAAGUUCUACCUCCUUCCUUUGAGCAUUUCAGAUUGGAGAACCAAGGAGUUGAUCACCUCAACGCCUGAACAUCCAUUUAUGGGGGCCAGAUAGAAUUUGUUUUCAAAUAGGCUUAACAGGCAUCAUUAAAAUUUCAUUCUGUGUGUUUUGUUUAGGCUUGAGGUGCUUAGAAGAUGGGAUAAAAUAUUCUACUUUUCUCUAAA